AUGUCUUCCGCGCAGACAGAUCGUUCCAGCGGAUCGAGUUCCCCUACUCGCCCGCUAGCACGAGGUCAGGCUUGUAUGCCUUGCAGAUGGCGCAAAGUUCGAUGCGACGGUGUCCGACCGACAUGCAAUCAGUGCGCAAAAGCGGAUCCUGCGCGAGAAUGUAAUUACCACGACGCAAGCACGUCUCACGCCUCGAACUUGCAGAAGACGGUAACCCAGCUCGAGGCUCGCGUCCGGCAAUUAGAACAGGAAGGACCUUCUACUGGCUCUUCCGCCGUAUUCUUGCGCGAUCCAUACUCAGAUUCCCCGCUACAAGGGAGCCCCAUAUCGCCGUUCUCCAGGUCACCGUCUGUCGGUAUCGCCUUUGGCGAAUGGCCCUCUCCCAAUACCUGCGCACUCCUCACCGACACCUUCUUUCAGCAUGUUCAGUGUCUUCCCUGGUUCCUUCACGAAGGCAGAUAUCGCCAAGCAUCGACGUUACCUGAGGGAGGUCUUGGGCGUCCAAUCGCCGCUCUCGAGGCCACUGUUCUCUUGUGGGGAAGCAUCAUAUACUUAAGGUCCCAAGGCUUACCAGUCGUGGAUGCUGGAUUUCUACUUGACCAGGCGUCCUCGCAAGUCGGAGUAGCGAAUGCCGCUGGACCGCAAGCCAUUCAAGUCAUACAGGCCUGCCUUCUGCUGGCCGAUUACCUUCUUGACAGCAGUCGAGUACUCGAAGGCCGUGCCCAACUCUCGGCAGCUACAUCUCUCGCUUUCCGUUUGAGACUGCACAAGAUUCGUAGUGGCCAGGAACUGUCGCCACGCAUAUCGUUCUUGGACCCAAUCACGAUGGCACUCCCAGAACCUCAAGAUACUGUCGAGGAGGGCGAGCGUAUUCGUGCCUUCUGGUCUGUCUUCAGCUUUUCUCGGAUGCAAGCGGUCGUCUUCGCGCACCAUAGUCUCUUGUUGGAUUCGGAAGAGGAAGAGAGACGGGUUGACACUCCGUGGCCUCUGGAUAUGAGCAUGUAUGAGCAUGGUCAGAUGCCUCCAAAUCUGAGAUCUACAGAUACACUACGCAGGUUCCUUGAAGGCGUCGGUAGCGGUUGGCCCUGGGACAACGAUAUACUCACCAUACUCGCCAAGGCGAGCGCACUAUUCCAGCGCACAGCCAACAUCGCCGCCGUCUCCCUCCGCGACGCGACUACCAUCAACUUGGCAACAUCUCUUGAACAGAUAAGAGCGCUAGACCAAAGAGUCGAUGAACUGGAGACCCAACUUGCUCCACUCACCGCUGGUCCUACGGGGAAGCUUCACCUCGCACGUAGCCUUGUGCUCGCCAGCAGGCUCCAGCUUCACUCGGUCUUCUCAGAGCAAUGCCCGGUGUCUCGAGUAAGGUGCCUGGCCGCCGCGCGUGCCAUCUGGGAGACAUCGACUGCUGCUGGAGUGGACACGUUCGUCUACUUGGACACGGUGAUUGGGUGGAUCUGGGCUACUGCUUGUAGGGUCAUCAUGAACGAGAUCGUCCAACUUCGCGCGCAGGACACAGGACUACAGGGGAUCGAUAUGGCAACUGAGCCAGGGCUCAUGCAGGUACUGGACGGCAUCUUUGCACUCAUGACGGCCAUUGCUGCGAGAUCAAGCUCUAUGAACUAUCAACUCUCCCGGGUAGAACAGGAGCGCAUCGUGCUUGGUUAA